UUUACGUCACUUCCUUCUUUGUUUUGUCACUGUAUUGAUCAUUUGUAACUUUGUUUCGUAACUUUUGUUGAAGGAUGUAAUUCACUUCAUAUUUAUGCAUUUUAUUGUAUUUAGCAUUUUUUGUGUUAAAUUUACAUAUAUCCUAAAAUGUAUUUAAAAAAAUAGACGUAUUCCCAACUCGCUCCGUGCUUCUUAGGGUGUUAUAAUCUUCUCUUUCGUUUUUAGUGAUUUUCAUGCUAUUUUAUUUAUUUCUCCUUUUUUUUCAGUUUACUCAUUCAGCAAGUUUAUUUUGUGUUAAUAACUUCAUUGUUAUCUUGUUAUACCUCUCAAGGGAAAUAAAGGAAGGUAUAUGGUUCAUGAUUAUUCCAUUUCCUCAUGUGUUUAUUUUUUUAUUUUUUUAUUAUUCUAAAUUUCAGAAUCAUGGGAUUGUCAAAUAUCAGAGAUCUACUGACAUCUUAUAGCUCUGAUUUGCAUUUCUUUGCUAUCAGCUCUGGAGAUGGUCGAAUUAAGAUAUGGGACACAUUGAAGGGCCAGAUACAGGCUGAAUUUGCAGAUUUCUUUACAUCUAAUUCAACGAGCAUACUCACGAAACCAGAAAAAGGGCAUCUAUCAAUUGAUUACAAAUGCAUGAAGUGGUUGUCAUGGGAAAAAAAGAGAAAAAGAAAGCGCCAAUGUUCGUUGUUAUUGUUAGGAACUGGUAGUGGGGAUGUGUUGGCUCUUGAUGUAUCAGCUGGUGAAUUGAAGUGGAAAAUAAGUGAUUGUCAUCCUGGGGGUGUUACUACAAUUUCAUUUCCUACUCAUGGUCAAUGCAUUUAUACCGCUGGUGCCAAUGGAAUGCUAUGCGAAAUUGAUUCUUUGACGGGAAACCUGCUGAGGAAGUUUAAGGCUUCCACAAAGCCAAUAUCUUGUAUUUCUGUUUCACCAGAUGGCAAGAUAAUAGCAACUGCAGCUGCACAAAUGAAGAUCUUCAAUUGUUCUGACCACAAAAAGAUACAAAAGUUUUCUGGUCAUCCUGGAGCAGUUCGAUGUAUGGUUUUUACUGAAGAUGGGAAAUACAUCCUCUCGUCCGCUGUUGGUGAAAGGUAUAUUGUGAUUUGGAGUUUAGGUGGAGAGAAAAAGCAGUCAGCUAGUUGUGUUCUUGCAAUGGAGCACCCUGCUGUCUUUGUGGACRGUAGGUGCAUGAAGAACGGAGCCGGUGAAACUACUCUAAACAUUUUGGCUAUAUCAGAAAUUGGUGUUUGUUAUUAUUGGUAUGGACAGAAUCUUGAGGAGUUACGAAAUGCCAAGCCUACUAAAGUAUCAAUAUCUGAUAAUGAUAUUUCCUCCAAGAGUAAAAAAUGGGCGAUACCUGCAAUUUACACAGCAAAAUUACACGGAAUUCCUAAACCUGGCUCGGUGCAAGUGUUCCUUGCACAUGGGUUGCCAGUGAAACCAUGCUUUCAGACUGUUGUGGUGCAUUCUGGAACUGACAUUAUCUUAAGCAGCUCCCAUGAUGGAAUUCUUCUACCAAAUCAAUCGAUUGGAAAGUUCAAGAAGGGCUUAGAUGUACAGGGUGGAGUGGUUGUAUUAGAUCGAGCUAAUGUCGAAGAUGCCUUACGUCCCAUUCCGAAGGUUUUCAAUUCUCAAGAGAAAAGCACCUUAUAUCAAGAUUUGCAAGUCGGCCGCAAUGAAGUAAUGACUCAAUUAGUCGACAACAGGAGCCGAUCAGAAGACGAUGCUGGAGAAGAGGGCUCUACAGCAGUUUGCAUUGAGGACCAACUUCGAUCGCUAGGCAUACUGAACACUACAGAUGAUCAUACAUCUGAAUCCAUCCUGAAGUCUACAAUAUUCAAGGGCAUCGAUCUCGAAGCUAAUAUGUCGCAGAAAAAAUUAAGAGAGGCAGUCUUAUCAUUGGCACCAGUCGAUGCAUGCAAGUUACUCAGAAACUUGGUUAACAUCUGGCAAUCCAGGUUGCGUAGCGGAAAGAAUGUUCUACCAUGGAUUUAUAGUUUAUUGUUGAAUCACAGCCAACAUGUCUUGUCUCAAGAACAAUCGAAUCAGAUACUUGAUUCUCUAUUUAAGAUUACUAAAUCCAAAGAAACUGCGGUUCAGCCUCUACUUCAAUUAUCAGGUCGCUUGCAACUGGUAUUGGCACAAAUUGAAAGGGCAUCGGCCAACAUAACCGAUCCAGCGAUACAACGCGGUCCCGUAAUAGAUGAAAAUGAGAGUGACGAUGAUGAUGAAGAAGUCGAUGAUGUUCUUUACGGGGAAGAAGAAUAUGAAUCUGAGUUGAGUAGUGAUGRUGAGAAUUAGAUUCUUUUUGUAAUGUUGUAAUGAUCAAUUUUGGGUAAUCAAAUAGGCUUUAAUUAUAUGCUUGGCUGUUAUUUUGUAACGAUUGAUGAUGAAUUUUGGCAAUGUGAGUCAAAUUUUUUACAUGUAAAAGUAAAAUUAACUCUUCUUUAUUCA